GUGAAUCGGUCAGCUGAAGAGUGCGCACAGGCAGUGGCACGAUAUCUCUCUCAAGAGCUCAUGCUGCGUCUUCUCACUACGGUAAUCAAUGAUAGCCAGACAUCACUCAAUUUGCCCGCUGUGAAGAUGCAGACUCAAGUUAUCAAAGUCUCUUCACCAGACCUCGUUCAAGAUGUCCUUCCCGAUCUCAUACCCGGUCUAAUCGCCGCCUGCAAUCACGAGAAUAGUCAAAUGCGCAAAGCUACCAUCUUCUGUCUGGUGCAGAUUGCGCUUAAAUUCGGUGAUGCUGUGUGGGACUAUCUCAGUGAGCUCAAUCCUAGCAAGGAAUCUUACAAACGUGAUUGCCUGAUUGCCGCUGAGUUGCUUCACAAUGAUCCUAGUCAUUUUCUCCCCGUCAAUCCGAAUAACUCAGCGUUUUCUUCAAAACGGGAGGACCGCUCAUCAGCAUCUUCAGAAGAACAUCUUCUAUCUAAUGCAUCUCACUUCCUCAUGCCUUCCACUUUUCCUCCGAUUGCCAUGUACUCAAUGAAUCCGUCAUUCCAUUCUCACUCCUCCAUUGGCAGUAAAAACGGGGAUAGUGUGGCGGUACCUGAUGUAAACGAAUCGAAACCAACUCAACAACCAUCUACAAACGGUCCUGCUAUUACAGAGAUUCUUGAGAUUUGA